AUCCAGCCGUUCCGUAAAGUCGACGUAUCUCGGAAAGUGUAGCGCAUUUGUGUCCUCACCGAUCGACCACGGCCAUUGUAGAAGCGGUGGCCAGUCUACCGCCUUCCCAUCAUUCAUGGGUGUGCGUUUACAGCAUCCAUGGGAAAAAGUCAUUGUCAAGUCCUUUAUGCUGAGAGCCGAAGGCGCACAAAGGGUUUGGACACCCACGUCUAAGCUUGCGUCCUGGAAAAGGCGACGCACAAUAUUCGUCUGAUUGCUACAUCGGUUCAAAAUGUUAAGAGCUAGCGGCUACGCCAGUCCAGAUGGGUCUGCCAUGACCAGAAGGGGCUUUGCGCCAAAACCAGUUCUCCACCACGAGGUCAUUAGCACCAUGGGGAGUCCUCGAGCUGAAAGGUCUAAGGGCCAUGGCUCACGAUAUCGAGAGAAACUGGCCAAGUCGGAUGCUGAGGUCAUCGAUACCGUCUCAAAGGUCUUUGACACAGGCCUGUCGAAGCACACACUUGCAAGCGACGCCGUCAUGACCCACAGCCGUUCAAGCAAGUCCUCCAAGAGCAAGUCGGACGACAAAGCCAUCCCGAGCUUCCCCAGUAGCCGCGAGAUUUUGGGGCCCUGGUGUGUUUUCGAGACAAACCUGUCCAAGUAUCAUUUCGAAGGUUUCUUCAACAAGGCGGGCAAGUGGCGCCGUCGUAAUGUCAUUUUCACGAAGACUCAGUCCGACGCAUUCACCGCACAGCGCAACUGUGAAGAUUCGGAAGUCCUCCUCCAGUCCCUUCAGGAGGCGUACAUCCAUGUGCUUAAAGACGACAAAAAAGAGCUCGAGCGGCUCCGUAUCACUGCUAAAUCUAAAAUCGGUGUCGUAGAUAAGGGCCUGCGCCACCCAGGCCCACGCUUUCACCUCAGCAUAGUAGGCCAGGUGCGCGGGACGCCUCCCGUCGCCGAAUGGGCCUUUUCUAUUGACCACGAGCAGGAGCUGCGCCAGCUGCGGGAUAUGAUGCAGAAUACGGUCGACAGCCUGGGCGCGGCAGAGAAACUCUUUGCAGGAGAAAGGCCUCUGUGUUCACCACCGAGCACGGUCUGUUCUCCACAAAUUCAUCUGAGUCUCUUCAGCUCACACUAUCCCACGCUGGCGGCGGAAGAAGCGGCAGUAACAGAAACAACAACAGCUACGGUACCGGUCGCCCGAGUGAAGCAUCCUUCAGCUUCAGCUUCACAGCCGAACCGAUUAUCUUAUCCGAAAUACGGCAGCCAAAAUCAAGAGAAUCUGGGAGCAUAUAACUUGUCAAGGCCAAGGGACGUCAUCCUCACACAGCCCACCAACAACCCCAAAGUCCGAAAGAUGUCUGGUAACGAAUCUGCUUUGCCGUCGUUGAGCAACUCGAGAUGCGAAAGCUCGUACGAAAGAAAUAUCUUGUCGACACAAGGCUCGUUGCAGCUGCCUGCUUCGAUCAUCGACAUAAACGUUCUGCUGAGGAACACUAGCUUAGAAGAUGACACGGAGAGUCUCUCCAGCUUUGAAAUCGGAAGCACCCUCGGGAUGUCUGACUCCUUGCUUGGUCGACACAAUAAUUCGUCCACCGAUUCGCUGCAGAGCACUGCGUCGUGCCCCACCCUCACUCAGACGCACAGCAAGCCAGCCUUUUCUUCGACCUCCUCUGGGCUACCUGCUGCAAGCGAUAUCAGCUUUGGUAGAAAGUACAGCUCCAAGCCCGCCCCGUUGACUAGCGUAAGCAGUCAAACCUCUGCCUCGCCAGACUGGGCCCCGUCUCAAUUUAGCAACACUUUCGACAGUCGGAGUCAGGCUUCACCGAAAGACAAUAGCUACAAGGCGGAGUGCAGAAACGCGCUAUCAGCCACAGAACAACUGCUGUAUUCCCUCGAGGAUGUUCUGAGCCCGGCUGCUUCCACUUCAUCGGCUUUAAGUCCAUUGCCUGUGACGACGCCCAAAUCUUUCAUGUACCCACGAGACGCCUUUUCGCUGAUGUCCGAGCUUUCCGACCAACCCGAGCUCAACAGCAAGGUGAUGCGCGCGAAAGCAGGGGCCCGGACGGAGGCCCCGCCUGCACUCUGUUGCGACGAUGCGUUCCAAGACCUGAUUGCCCCAGCUAAGAAGCAAGCGCCAACGAUGCUCACCCCCGACUCCUUGCCGUCGCCACGGCCCGACUCUCCCACGGAUCCGAUGAGCCCCAAUUCCGAAGAUGAGAACCACCACCAGAAGAAAUCUGAUAGCCCAUGGACUCAAACAGACACGGUUGACAUUAUCGGCUCGCUUCGUCAGAUCACCCUUGUCGACGACAGCGCCUUUUCUUUUGAGGGGAAAGAAGAAGAGCCGGCAGAAGUGACAACCACCGUCGCAGAUCUUGUGCACGGUAGCGAGCUGCAGUGGGCACAGCGAAGUACGCCCCCUGCAUCCUUUGCGCUUCCCGCUCUGACGAACAAGGGCGCUUUGGGCCACAUGGCAUACCAUCAUGAGUUGGGCCCACCGGUGCGUCAAGCUUCAGAUGACAUCCUGCGCAGCCCCUCUGCUUUCUCGAAGGUUGUGGACUGGCUUCCAUUGCUGCCACGAAGCUCAGUCGACGACGAACAAAACGCGUCGAGGAAAGGAAGCUUUCCGUACCCACAAGUCCAGCGCUCGGUUGCUGCAUCGCCUCCCCUUUUGCAACGAGGGAAGCAUGGCAGCCUGCCGCCACCGCUCUGGCUGGAGCGUUUGCAAAGCGACAAUAAAGUUGCAAAUCUAACCAAGCCCUCUCCGCCCUUCAGUACCCACCAGGCGCCGACAAAGUUGCAUCGGUCAUCGAAUACGCCCACGCCCACGCCGACACCGACCAGCGCCAUCUCGAACAUAUCCACAUCAACGGCGUCAUCCGGCUCGACCAUCACGCCGCCUGGUUCCGCCAAGGCGGUCGUCUCUUCCAUAUCGCCAGGGAGCACGAUGGUCGACGCGCCUGCAUGGUCCAAAUUGCCAACCCCGAGCCUGCAGCAGCAGUCGCAGUGGCAGCAGCGCGAGGCGGAGUCUCGUACGUCAAGCUUCCGGGCUGGUGGCACGAUGCCCGACUCGCCUGCACGCACACGAAUGCCGAGUCCAGGGCUGCCUCCCCCACAGCCUCUGACAGCGUUGCCGGUUACACCAACGUCUGCGUCUGUGCAGGCGGCGGGGCAGCAGAACAGCGGUUCUACAGCGUCAGCGACGAGCCCGCGCGCCGCGGCGUUGUUCUCGAGUACAUCGAGCGUGCUGAAGAGCAAGAGGUCCAGCAGCUCUGUGAUCAGCAACAGCAGCAGCACCGCCACAUGCAGCAGCAGCACAUGCAGCAGCGGCACAUGCAGUAGCAGCACGAGCAGCAUGAUAGCUGCCGGUGGCGCGGUGCUGGGGACGCGGAGCAGUGCAAGCAGCUUGGGCAGCGGCAGCGGCAGCGCAUUUGUCAAUGCAGGCGCGAGCGAGAAGGAGCAGCAGCAAUUUCUGCGCAGUGUGAGCGUGCGGCAGCGCGUGAUGGACUACGCGAAAAAGUUCGACUACGCCUCGUCGGCGGCGCUGCCGGUCGAGGCGAAGGAGAUGAUCAGGCGCAGCAGCGAUAGCUAGCGCUCAUUGGGAGCUGCUCCUGCUUGUUCCACUGCUUCUUCGUGAUCGCCUUGUCGCGCCGUUCGGCCUUUUAGAUACACGGGCAUACACGACACGAACACACGAGGUACGAAGAUCGCCUUGCAUUUACAUCCAUUAGGGUGCAUGACGUACAA